UCUCUUUUCUCUCUUCCACUUGCAUGCAUUUUGUCGCCAUCUUUCUUUUCUUCGUGGACUUUGUGAGAACGUGCGUCUCGCAAAAUUUAUUUUCCGCAAAAAGGUCUAUUUCCUCUGAGAGAUGGGAGCGUACAGAUAUGUACAGGAACUCUACCGGAAGAAGCAGAGCGACGUAAUGCGCUACCUGCUCCGUAUCCGCGUGUGGCAGUAUCGCCAGCUGACGAAGCUCCAUCGUGCCCCCAGGCCUUCCCGUCCUGACAAGGCACGUCGUUUGGGGUACCGUGCUAAGCAGGGCUACGUCAUCUACCGCAUCCGUGUUCGUCGUGGUGGCAGGAAGCGCCCCGUGCCCAAGGGAUGCACCUACGGCAAACCCAAGAGCCAUGGUGUGAACGAAAUGAAGCCCUACCGCAAUCUCCAAUCCAUUGCUGAGGAGCGUGUUGGUCGCAGAAUGGGAAGCCUCCGUGUGCUCAACUCUUACUGGGUUGCCCAGGAUUCCUCCUACAAGUACUACGAGGUCAUCCUGAUUGAUCCAUCCCACAAUGCAAUCCGUCGCGAUCCCAAAAUCAACUGGAUCGUCAAAGCCGUGCACAAGCACCGCGAAUUGCGAGGACUCACCUCGUCUGGACGCAGCUCACGUGGUCUUGGAAAGGGCUACAGGUACUCCCAGACCAUUGGGGGCUCCCGCAGGGCCGCCUGGCGCCGCAGGAACCGUCUCCACCUCCACAAGAAGCGAUAAAAACGCGCUUUUUCGUGUCCUCUCUGUGGGUGUAUUUGGUGAACAGUUUUUACUGAUGAAAAUACACAUUAUAAGAACCUA